UCCCAUUCCUUCAUUCAAGGAAAAGGAAAAUUAAUAAAUAUUUUGAAAAUAAUGGAAAACUAUUUCAAAGGUAAAAAUGUGGAGGAAGAAUUGGAACGAAGUAAAAUACCUAUUAAAGAUCUACCGGAAAAUUUUCUUUGGAUGCAGGUAAAAGGCGGCAGUAAAAUGACGAAUCUACUCUCCCAUGCAUCUGGUAUUUUAGAAGACAAAACUGCAACAACAGUGGUAUGGACUGCAGCAGGAGUAGCUAUUCCUAAAGCUAUAUCGUGUUCAGAAAUACUAAAGAGGCAGUUCAACAUAGAACAUCAAGUUACUAAACUUACAUACAAAAGGGUAGAUGAAUUUUGGGAACCUAAACUAGAUGGACUUGAAACUAUUGUUGUAAAACGGCAAAUACCAGUGAUACACAUAAUGCUCUCUGUUGAUCCUGUACUUGAUGUGAAUCAAAUAGGGUACCAAACAAUGCAAGGGAAGAAAUUCUGGCAAAAAGAUCAAAACAGUAAUAGUUCUAAGCAGAAUCAACCUUAUAAGGCUAGAAAACCGUUUAAGCAGAAGAAGCCACAAGGAAAUAGCUAGAAUUUAGAUAUAAAG